AUCUCCAACAUCUGAUAAGGAGAACCCCUCAGCCAUGGCUAUCUUCAGCGACCACCCGUACACGUCGAUCACGGUAAAAAUCGAGCAAUUGGCACGGCCCCACCAGAACGAUGAUAUUGAUAACGCAUUGGAGUUGUACAUCUCCGACUUGCUUCAUUUGAUCAAACUCCAGCCGCAAACUGGUGCCAGUGAGGCCGCCAGGGCCAUUCGAAAAAGAAUCAAAUACGGAGAGUCCGUCGAGGAACAACUCCGGGCAUUGAACAUCUUGGAGCUCUUGAUCUUGAAUGCUGGUAGCAAAAUUGGGCCCAUAGUAGCUAGAGACGAUAAAUUGUUGGAUGUGUUGAAAGGGUCUAUCACGGGUUCUGGUAAGACUGGGAUGGGUGUACCAUUCGACCCCGAAGUCCAGCAAAAAACAAAGGAGUUGGCAGCUGGCUGGAAGUCUGAGUUGGCUGACCUUGAAGGGUAUAAGUAUAUGGCAUCAUUGUGGAAAUUCAUUCCUAGAAAUCGGUCUGGGGGUCACCACCAUUCGAGGACCAGGUCUGAAUCCCACCGGUACGACGACGAGACUCCUGAGAAUGCCUUUGAUGAUGCAGAUGGCGUACGGAGCCCGUCACCCUCAAGUCCUGCUCUUCGUAGAGGUAUCCAUAAAAAGGUGCCUCCUCCCAGACCCCUGUCAUCUUCUCCAUACACAAGCACUUCUGGCACCAAGUCGAGAUCAACCAAAGACAAGAGGAAGAAGAAGAAGAAGAAGCGGGGCCACGGUAUUGUGUACGCUGAUGAGCAGUACAGGAUUCCGCAGAUCAACUAUAAGGUGGAAGCUCCCAAUAUCAGAAGCACCUUGGCCGAUGCCCAGACCCAUACCACUGCAUUGAACAAUUACUUGAUCUUGUUGGCGCCCGGAGUGUCUCCGCUUGAUGACCAAAAGACCCAGCAGGAGUUUGAAAAGUGUAAGAAGGCUAGGCGGAGUGUAUUGAAGUACUUGCAGUAUGUGGGGGCUGGAGAUCCGUCUGAAAAAAGUAGAGAAGUGUUGCAAAUGGACGAGGAGUUCUUGGGCAGUUUGAUUGCGGCCAAUGAGCUGCUUGUGGAGGUGUUCAAGAAGUUUGAUUUCCAGGCUGGAUACACGGAUGAGAAUCCCGCUCCCAAUUACGACGACGAGGAAAGUAGUGGAGAAAGCUACUAUACCAGCGAGUCUGAAGACGAGUCCAACGAUGUUGAUGCGUUGGCUGAGAAUGUCCGUGGGUAUCAUGUGGCUGAAGGGUCCAGUUCGACUGCUCCCGUGUCAGCACCUCCAAGGGUCAAGUCUCCACCUCCCCCCAGGCCUUCAAAACCUGCUGCUUUGGCGGCUCCACCGAAAAUCCAACGCACCAACACCAAUGCCACUGUGUCGAGCGAUCCGUUUGGCGAUUUGAAUGAAGUGGAUGGGCAGAAGUCGGUGUACUAUUAGGAGAGGGUAGAUCAGGUAGGUUAUAUAUUCUGUAAUCCUCAUUGGAAAAACAAGCACGUUUGUGGAC